AUGACGAAGUCUACAGCAUAUGAUCUCCCUGAAUCAGUUUGGCAGAAGUGGGCUGGUCCUGAGUAUGAUGGAAUUCGCCAAGCUGUUUUAGUUUUUGGCGGUCAUAUUCGCAAAGAAGCAGUAAUUACUUCAUUUGCCGAAGUUUCGUUCGCUUUUCAAGAAGGAGAAACAACAAACACAGUCAAGGGUGUUCUCUAUCUUACAACAAGACGCAUUGUCUUCCUACCAAAGAAUACAAUUCCUCAUCCACAGUUGAUUCAAGCUCAAUUCAGUAAUUUGCGUUGUUUGAGCGGCAAUAGAAACGAUUUAAUGAUUUCAAUAUCUGAUACAAGUAGUGCUGCUGCUAAUUUUAAGUUCCCAACUGUUAAGGCUCUUUAUCAAUGUUUUAAUUCUCUUAGAAAGCUUUGUGAAGCAAUAAGAGCAGACGAAGAAGCUUACAGAAAAGCUACAUACGAUCUAGCUACCGCACAGAAUUUGGAUGAAACUCCUUUUGCUUCGAUUGAAUGUGAUUUAUCUGAAGUUGACAAUUCAGCAAAGCUCGAAGUCAAUGCACCACAAAAGAUCGUCAAGGCAGAAGAAGCAGAUGACCCAAGAGCAGAGCCAGUAAUUGAACUUUUGUCACCAGUACAAAAGAUCGGAGAAAAGUUCAACCAAACUAACUUCGAUAUACAUAUUAAGCUUCGGAUAUUAUUCAUUGUCUCAUUAGUAUCGUUUUUACUCAAGUUUAUACCAUUUUUCCCGUUGACAGCAUUAGUAAUCAUCGGAAUCCAAAUUAUUUCAGCCUGGAUCAACAUAAAGAAGGACCGUACCGAUGAUGAUGACUACGUGGACGCUGAUGCUCAAUGGAAAGGACAUCCUGUCGAAGGAACGUACAAAGUCCUCAAAUUCUUCAACGAAUGGUUCAUGUGGCAGGAUCCGAGGAAGUCUGCUUCACUGUUCCAGGCUUCUUUCCUCGUUUUCGUCUCUUGGGCAAUUCUUCCAACAAAGAUUUACGUCACAGUCGUUUUCCUCGCUUUCUCUGUAUUUCUCGUUAAACCUUUACUCCACAGAUCUGUCAUAGGACACAUCGUUACCGGAUUUUGGUUCUCAACAUAA